CCCCACGUGACGCGCGUGAAGUACCUGUGCGGGGGCACCGGGUAUUGUCCGCCGCGGCGGCAGGUCGAUGACCACAGGCGGCGGUGGCAUUCCUCGGCGGCGGGCUCCGAGCAGAGAGGAGGUGAUUCCUCUCUGUCCUCCCUCCCCACCCCCCACCUCCCUCGCCGCUCCGGUGGGGAUCCGGCGCAUCCUCCCCGCUCAGCGCCUUCCCCGUCCUCCCGCCGCUAAGAUGGCUGAUGGUGGGCAGUGAGGCGGCGCGCGGGGCUGCGGGGAGCCGUUGCCGGCCGGCGCGCGGCAGGGCAGGCGGGGGCGGCUGACGGGACGGGAGCGGGGAGGGUGGGGGCUGUGUGCGGGUGCGGGAGGCCGCGCAGCGCCAUGUCCGCCUUCGCCCUGGAGGAAACGCUGGAGGCCGACUGGGUGGCCGUCAGGCCUCACGCCUUCCAGGAGCGGGAGAAGCACAAGUUCGUCUUCAUCGUGGCCUGGAACGAGAUCGAAGGCAAGUUCGCCAUCACCUGCCACAACCGCACGGCGCAGCGCCAGCGCAGCGGCUCCCGCGAGCUUCGCCGCGGUGGCUCCGCCGGCCCCGAGGCCAGAGCCGCCCCCAAGGCCGGCAGCCCCACGGUGCGCAGGAGCCCGGCCUGGGGCACGGACUCCGGCCUGCUGCGGGGCUCCUCGCAUCCCCGCACCGAGACGGGGCUGCGGGGCUCCGAGCGGAGCGCGGCGGCCGAGGCGCUGCCGAAGGGCCCGCAGCGCGCCAAGAGCAGCCCGGCCCGGAGGCCGCAGCCCGGCCCGGAGACGGCAGGUGCCGCCGAAGAGAUAGAAGUGCUGGAGCUGGGGAAGGAGGAGGCGGCUGCUGCGCUGUCUCUGCCGCCCUCGCCGCUACAGGCAGCCGAGCCGGCCGCUCCCGACGCGGAGCCCGCGGGGGAGGAGUGCAGCUGGGCCGGCCUCUUCUCCUUCCAAGACCUGCGGGCUGUGCACCAGCAGCUGUGCUCGGUGAACUCGGAGCUGGAGCCCUACCUGCCUGCCUUCCCCGAGGAGCCCUCGGGCAUGUGGACGGUGCUCUUUGGAGCCCCGGAGCUAUCCGAGCAGGAGAUGGACACACUCUGCUACAAACUGCAAGUUUACUUGGUCCACAGCUUGGAUAGCUGCGGCUGGAAGAUCCUUUCCCAGGUACUCUUCACUGAGACUGACGACCCUGAAGAGUAUUAUGAGAGCCUGAGUGAGCUGCGACAGAAGGGGUAUGAGGAGGUGCUGCAGCGGGCCCGCAGGCGAAUCCAGGAGCUUCUGGAAAAACAUAAGAACACGGAAAGCAUGGUAGAGUUGCUUGAACUGUAUCAAAUGGAAGAUGAAGCCUACAGUAGUCUUGCAGAAGCUACCACAGAGCUCUACCAGUACUUACUACAGCCAUUCCGAGAUAUGAGGGAACUUGCAAUGCUUAGAAGACAGCAGAUAAAGAUCUCAAUAGAGAAUGACUACCUAGGCCCUAGAAGAAUUGAGAGUCUGCAAAAAGAAGAUGCUGAUUGGCAGAGAAAAGCCCACAUGGCUGUGCUUUCUAUUCAAGAUCUUACAGUUAAAUACUUUGAAAUAACUGCUAAAACACAGAAAGCUGUGUACGAUCGAAUGCGAGCAGACCAGAAAAAAUUUGGUAAGGCAGCAUGGGCAGCAGCAGUGGAACGUAUGGAAAAGCUUCAGUAUGCAGUUUCUAAGGAGACGCUGCAGUUGAUGCGUGCUAAAGAAAUCUGUUUGGAGCAGAAGAAACAUGCACUGAAAGAGGAGAUGCAGAGCCUGAAAGGUGGUACAGAAGCCAUAGCCCAUUUGGACCAGUUAGAAGCUGAUUAUUAUGAUCUACAGCUUCAAUUAUAUGAAGUGCAGUUUGAGAUCUUGAAAUGUGAAGAGCUGCUUCUGACAGCACAACUUGAAAGCAUCAGAAGACUGAUGUCAGAGAAGAGAGAUGAAGUGGUGUAUUAUGACACUUAUGAAAGUAUGGAAGCCAUGCUUGAAAAAGAGGAUAUGGCAACAUCUAUACGCUUGCAAAAAGAAGAGCUGCAAAAGUUACAACAAAAAAUCCGUCAGCUGGAAGCAAGGCGUGGACGUAUUUCAGCCAAGAAAGCCUACCUCAGAAAUAAGAAGGAGAUCUGUAUUGCAAAGCAUAAUGAAAAGAUUCAGCAGCGUCACCAGAGUGAGGAGGAAUACAAAAUGCACCAUACUGUUCAGCUAAAGCGAGAUCAAUUACAAGAUGAAGAAGAAAGAAAGAGCUCCUGGGUUAGUCAGGAACGACAGAAAACACUGGACAGACUUCGCACAUUUAAACAGCGGUACCCUGGGCAAGUAAUACUUAAAUCAACCAGACUACGGCUGGCUCAUGCAAGAAGAAAAUGUGCAGCCACCUCAAUGUCCUGUGUCGAUCAGCCUCAUUCUUUGCCAGCAACCUUACAAAUCCAAGAGAAAAGUGAAGAGGUGGAAUUGGAAAAUGCAGUUCAGCCUUUGGAAGUGCAGGAAUCCACAAGCUUAGAACAACUUCAAGAUAUCUCGUUACCUCCCAAUGGUGUUACCUCUGGACUGCCUCAUGUUAGCACUUCUCCACUUACUAGCGAUGAGCUUCAACCAGAGACUGUUACUGUAGUACCACUUCCAGCCCCUUUGCCUCCACCACCUCCACCUCCACCUCCACCUUUGCCCUCCAGGGAAGAUGCCACCAAAUCCUCAGAGAAAAGCGAUGGCUUUGUUAAACGUCAGAGUGAGGAGAAAGGAGUCCAGCACUCUUCCGGUGUCCCACCAGCACAUCUGUUUGAUAGCAGUCAGCUAGUCAGUGCCAAGAAGAAGCUUAAGAAGACCGGUGAUCUAGAGGGUUUGCAGAGGAGGAGAGUGAGUUCCCCGAUGGAUGAAGUGCUGGCUUCCUUGAAACGUGGCAGCUUUCACUUAAGAAAAGUUGAGCAGAGAAGUCCCCCUCCUUUUCCUGAUGAAGAUGAUAGCAAUAACAUCUUGGCACAGAUCAGAAAAGGGGUGAAACUGAAGAAAGUGCAGAAAGAUGUUUUGAGAGAAUCCUUUACAAUUCUGCCUGAUACUGACCCUCUGACAAGGAGCAUCCAUGAAGCAUUGCGACGAAUUAAGGAAGCAUCCCCUGAAUCAGAGGAUGAAGAGGAGAGUUUGCCUUGCACAGACUGGGAAAAUUAACCUGUAAUUAACCUACAUUUAAAACAAAAUAUUUCUUCAACACUUUUUGUAUAACAGUAGCGGCUAAGCCUCAGGUUGUGCAUUCUAGGAUACUUAGUAUGAAUGUGACUAAACUAUCUGAUGUCCAAUGUGGUAAAACAUGCACGUACGAAUUUAGUAUCACUGACUUUUCAAAGAAUUUAAGGUUUAUAGUAAGGAAAACUUUUUUUUAGGCAACAUCUUAGCCUUUUAUUAUUUGAAUACUUUUGCUGAAUAUUGACAGCACUGCUGCUAUGAAAAGCUCUAUUUUACUUAGUAAAUUUAAAGGGGCUGUUUGCAGCUUACCAAAAAGCUUUAAAAAGCUUUUAAGUAACAAAGCAGCACAAUCACUUUUGUACACACCUUGUACUUACUUUCUGAUUACUUCUGGCCUUGUAAAAAUUUAUCAUGUUUAUCACUUCAGACUGAAUAGCUCCAGGUGAAGGACAAUUAGAUUUGACUGCUGAACACAUUGAAGUGUCACUGGUUACCCUGUGUGACUGACUCUUUGAUAGUUUGGUUUCAAUCUGUAAACUCUGACUUAAUUGAAUUUCCAGACUAUACAGAGUAAAUAUACAAAUGUACUUUUGCUACUCAUACGAAUCCCAUGAACUUGCAUUAUACUAAGCUACAGUGCCUGAAAGUACAGAUACUAGAUUCCAGCAGAUGAAAUUAAUAAUUUCAGAACAAACCAGAAAUUGUCAAGAGAUCAGUUUUCACAAUUAUGGCCUCAUCAGUAGCGCAAAGAGGUUCUUGAUUACAACAGCAGCAUAUGGCACUAUUCUGUGGUGGUUCUUUUCUGCUCCUGGCAUGUGGUGAACUUAAGUCUCAAUGAAAGCUCCCACUAAACCUAAAAUUUGGAGAGAGGUAUGACAAUCUGUGAAGAAUUUAAAAAUCUGUUUAGAAAUCAAAGGCUAGUUCAAAAGUAUGGAAGAUAAAUAUUUAUAAUCCUUGCAACACAGCUAGCAGUAGGAAAAAGAAAACCUUUUUGGAUGUUUACAAUCAGGCAUUUCUACCUUGGCUAGUUAUUAUUGUAGCUGGAGAGUGACUAUUGAUAAAAUGCUACAGCCAUUCAAAAAAGUGAUGGUGACUUAGCACAACAUCUGCUGAAUGUUGUUGUGAUUAUGAAAUACUAUGUCUCAAACUGUUCCAUUGGUAUGCUAUUUUCAGAUAAUAAUGUUUAAAUUUUUUAAAAAGGAAAAUAAAUGUUGCCUUUACUUCCUCAUGAACUAGCCAUUGGCCACACUAAUGAUUUAUACUGUUUAAUUAUGGCAUGCUCUUUCUAUUCCAUAUCAAUUGUACUGCUAGUUUUGGAGUUGAAAAUCAAGGAGCGCAGGUGUACCUAACUUUUGCUGAAACUCAAAGUGAAAAUAAUUUUGCUUGGAUGUACCUUUUUUCAGUUACUUGUGCACUGAAAACCGCCACUACUGCAGCCCUUCAGAAAUCAAGUGGCAGAUACAAGAGAAGACAUGCCUUGGAAUUGAUUUGGCUUUCUCAGUGCAGUUAUUCUCUUUUCAUUUUCUAGAUAACUGAGCAAAUUUAAAUUUGGUGAUUUGACUUUAUAAUUUUAGUAAAUCUAACUUAUUCUUGGGGAUCUUGUUUGCAUUUUCUAGCAAGAAUACUCUUUAAUUCUGUGGGCUAUUUUUUUAAAAAAAAGGAAGAAUUUAUACAAGAGCGACUUCGAAUUUUUUUAGUCUAGUUGGUGGACCUCCUAAACAUUUUCCAUUGGAAGUACAUCCUCUUAGAAGGAUAUAUGUGUACAUUGCCAUACAAUAUAAAUACACAUUUUCCUCUGCUAUCUUAUGCAGCCUGGUAGAAGCAGUUGAGAGUGCCGGUUGAAAAUCACUGCCAUGCAGUACCUGUAGUGCACUGGUUUGUUGUCUCUGUUUUACCAGUCUGUAGUUACGGCAUCUUCCCCUUCUAAGGCUGCGCUCCUGUCCAGUGCUGAGGUCCCAUGAAGUCACUUGGACCUAAAGCAGGAUGCAGUGUCAGAAUUCUGAGUGUGUGCUCCUUGGAGUUCUUCACACAUCUGGGACCUGCUUUCUCCUACCAAUAUCAUAUUUUAUUAUGAAAACAAUCCUGUUUUCAUGAGAUGAGACUAUUUAACAGAUAGUACAGAUCCAACUGAAAAAUGGUUGUACAAAAUAGCUAACAGCUCAGAGAAGAAAAACAGGCCACUGCUAUGGAAUUGCAUGAAAUAAUCUUGGAGAACAGAGAUGGAGACAAAGCCCUCGUGAAAUUCAGCUGAAUAAGUACUUUUCACAUAGAUUAUUGUGCUUGCUUGAACAGAUAGACUGGUUACCCAUAAUUUAUGACACGAGUAAAAUCUAAUGAAAGUCUGUUGUAGAAAUUGCAGAAUAGUAUUUUUUACUACAAGGUUAUCCAUUUAAUACCAUGCUUUAAGGUUGACCUACUGAUUUUUAACUAAGCUCUGCACAUACAAAAGAACAGUUGCAUAGAGAUUUUAGGUUGAAAACAGUUAUAUAAAAGUAUAUUGGUUCAUACAUUAUGAACUAUGCUUAAUAAACUUACAUCCUUAUAGGCUAAAUGUAAUGCAAUUACUUGUCUUAGGAAUGAAGCCUAAAUCUGAUAUCAUGAUGUAUGUUUAUGAAGUGCCAAAAAGCAUCUAAAUGUAUGUGCAAGGAGUAUUAACAAUACCUACUGAAGUGGUUUCAUUAAUUAUUGAAGUAUGAAGACAUACUAAUAAUAACUCAUUCUUCUAGGAGAUCUAGUCAUCUCAUGUAUUACUUACUUUAUGAGGUAACUUCUACAUAAAGUUACAACUAACUUUUCUAAGAGCAGUUCCUUCCUUACAGACACUCUAAAACAUGUACAAAAAUGUAGAGGCAUUCUGUGUAUUGGAAGUACAGCUGAACAAGCAGUGUAAAGAUGCAGUGGCUUCUGUAUGAAAAAUCAGAUUACUGGUUAGCAAAAGUAUCCCAAGCCUCUGUGUGUGUACAUAUAGUGCAUUAAGAGUACUAUCAGUAAUAUGAAACCUGGGUUCUUGAGAGUGAUGGACAAAAUAACAGAUAAGAAGAGAGCUGUUGCUCUCCAUAGUCUUCUAAUCCAGUAUUUUGGGCCUCUUCAAACUGUAAUCUGUGUUCACUGCCAAUAAUACCAGAAGCCAAAACAAGACCUGGUCAUACUCUAUGUGUCCUGGCUCCAGAGUUAGUGUGUCAUUACUCUGGGAGCAAAGACAAUCAAGGCUUUUGAAGAUGCUGCUCAGUAUUGCAUGUUGGAAUGGCCUAAUAUAUUGAUCAGGGAGUAUUUGAACAGCCGUUUAGCUUUUCAGAUGUUCCUUUUCUUUUCUUUUUUCCCAAACAGGUGAUUCACAGCCAUUGACCUGAGAAAAGACACGUCAGUUGAAGAUUACUUUUCCUCUUCAUUUCUGAAAUUUCAGAGCCAGCAGUUGUGACCAUCAAUUCCACAGGAGGCUUACUUUGGCAAAGAAAUAGUCUUUCUUUGGCAAAUGAUUCAGUAUAUGGAAAAAAUGGCCUGAAACGUUAAUUUUUGGGUCACUUUUUUUCUUUAAUUUGUUCCCAGAAUUCUGGUUUGGGCAGAAAGCUACACUGUUUAGAUCUGCAUUUUAUAUAAUCAAGAAUGCCCAAUUCUUAAGCACUUUUUAUAUAGCAUUAGUAAUGUGUGGCCAGUUAAUUGAGGGGGGCAUUUUGAGUUGGUAAAAUUCUUGCUUUAGAGUAACUUUGGGAUUUGGCCAAGAGAUCAAGCCAGCUAUAAAACGUACCCUUCACUGCAUUGAGUAUAUUGUCUGCUUGAAAAUCCAACUAAAUAGCUCCUUGCAGAGAAGCUUGCUACGUAGCAGUGUGAUGUUCCAGAAUGAGCAGAAUUCCUAGUUGCACUACAGUAGCUGAAAUUCAGUAACAUGCAACUAAGACAUUUUCUUCUUAGUUUGAAGAAGUGUAUGUCAGUAUGAAAAAUUACAAGUGACCACAGCACAAUGAGAAAUAAGAGUUGAAUUCAGCACAUAUUCACAAAUGUGUUUGUUUACAACAUGGUACAUUUAGCAAGACAUACUGCAGCACCUUUUUAGAAGGUCAUUUGUAGUGUUAAACCUUUUUUAAAAAGACAUUUUCAUGCUUUUUUUAAAAAUACUAUUUAGCUACGCUGAACCAAGUUAGUUAUACUUUAUCAUUUGUUAUAAGAAGCAAUAUUUUGUAAUUUCAUACUUAAAAUUAUUUUUCUCUUUUGGUUUAAAUGGCUUUUGAUUAAGCAGCCUUCUUUAAAAAAUAUCAAAGCACUUAAACAUACUGAUAAUUCAGUUGUGAAAAUCAUGCUUCUCUUGCUGGUUUUUAUGAUUUCCUUUAGUGGCUGCAAAAAUGUUUAUAUUUCAUACACAAAAUGACUGACUACUUUUUUUAAAGGAGAGUUACAACUUCCUCUGCAGUGAAUACUUAUAAGUAAUCCUGAGCUUCAUGACCAACGGCUGCAGGUAGCUACUCUUGCGAUACCCCAGUACUAAGAGGUAUGUCGGUACAGAGAUACAGGUAGCCUUGUAACAUCUAGAAACUCCAUGUGAUAUUUUCACUACCAUUUUCUUUUUACCAGCAUGACAUACACUGUGUUUGAGAAAUACACAGUCCCUGUCCUUUGUGUAGUGUGUUCCAUUCACUGUUCCUCUCAUGAGAGAGAAACUGGUACAUGGAUUUGGGAUUUUUUUAAGUGGAGUUACUCAUCGCUGCUGUCAUGUAAUAGAACAUGUACUGUGUUAAUGUUUAUAAUAAGAAAUUUCACGUCUUGCCAUUUACUUAUAUAAAGAGGGACAGAAGAACUUACCUUAGUAGUAGGCUACGUAACCUAAAGGAACGUCAGCUGUUGGACCCUUCAGUUGUUUUGCUGUGGCUGUCUUGAAGUUAAAGUUCUGUCAAACAUCUUGAAAGGAUGUCACUUUACCCUUGCUAUCAACAGGCAUUUUCUUGACCUGGUUGCCUUAUUUAUAAAGUUCAUGAACAUUCAUUUUCAAAGCACCUGUGAGCAGCGUUGCUGUAGAGUUGUAUCAAUUUUGCUGUAUUAGUCGUCAGGUCUGUAUUAUUCUGUCUUGAGAUCGGCUCUAUGAAAUGCUUGAUACUGGUUUUCCAAGGACCUAAAACUACACAAUGUUUUUUUUCUUAAACUGCUUCUCUGAACUCCGAGUUACGUGGUGUGGUUGUUGUAAGCUGUCUAAUACUGUGUUCAUACAGCAGUAACAGCAAUUUCAAAGUUCAUCAUAGUCAUUUGACAUUGACUGUACUGUAAGCUGUGGUGUAUUUUUGCUUUACAUUUGUACUUCCAGUCAUACCACAUGUUACAAGCUGAGGUAAACAGAUAAAUUUUUGGCUGUAGCACAAAGCAGAACUACAGUGUAGAAUGGCAAUUCAGGCUAUACAGUGCAUCUGAAACUUAGUGCUAAAUUAAUAGUGGGUUUUGAGCAAAUUUUAUGUCCAUUUUUUCCUAUCUUCCAGCCUGCAGUUUUAUUCCUUAGAGUGUGCAUAUGGGACACUAGCAAAAUCCCAAGCCAAGGAAAAAUAGUGUAAUUUUCAAGUCUAGGUGCAGUGGUCCCUGUGCACAACAUUUGUGUCUGCAGUUUAGCACCAUGUUGUGAUUUAUCUAAAUAGCUCCACACCGUGCUGUACUACAGUUUUCAGAUUUGUUUGCUGUGUGAUCUGUCAUCUUUGCCUUGAAAGAUGUGUGCAUGAUUGAGAAAAAUUACUGUCCUUAAUCUGUUCUAAAUUUAGCUGAAAUCUUAAAUUCCUGUAAUAGCUUAGUUUAUAGAAGUUGAGUUGCCAUAUCAACGCAUAUUUCACACGCACACAAAAAGUAGUUACGCUGAGCAUAGCAGCUUAUAUCAGUUCAAACCUGCCAUCUUCAAUGUGGAAAGUAAAUGUUUUUUUCUCCACAUACUGCUAAAAAAUUAAAUAUUCUGGAUUUUAAUCCUCCAUGAGUCACUAGAUGUCACAAUUUCACAUAAUUCUCCACUUUGGUAUAAAAAUUGUGCACAUGUAGUGUACAGGCUAAUGCAUAAACUUCCUAUCCUCUAUAAUGUGAAAUUUUGCACUGGGAUGGCUGGAGCAGCAAAUGGGGGAAGUUUAAGCAUAUUCACAAGAAACUUAGGGAAAUUGUGACAGUUCUGCAUUGAGAUUGGUUCCUCCAUAGCUGAGAAAAGCUGUAAUAAUUGUGUUGGUCCUUGAGAAAUCUUAGCAAGCAUCACUAUAGAAAACACACAUAAGGAAGGAGAGCCUCUAUAAAAAGACCUUUCUACCUAUUACGGGGUUUUUUUAUUUGUGGCUGGACUUCAUCGUUGUGGCUGCCUUGUUCUGUUGCUCAUCAUUUAUCCUAAGCAGUUUGUCAGCUUUCAUGCUUUUUUCAUCUUUAGAAACUUCUUUGUUCAAAUUAAAACUGUUUUAGUAUAGCGUAGCUGAUCCAGUGAGGUAAAGAGUUGGAAUGCAUAGUGUUUAUUGUACAAAUGCUUAUCUGAGGACUGAAAAGUCUUUCAUGAGUGGGAACGAGAAAUAGAAUACUCAAUUUCUGCUGAAAUAACAAAAAUGUAAGGUAAACAGCAGUAAUAUUUUGGACAGAAAUGGAAUUUGCAUCGACAUGAAUUUCAUGCUGUUAUUCACAGAGGUUCCCGAUCCUUUACAACUUACUAGUAGUCUUAUUUUAUUCACUUUGCUGUGUUUUCAGAUCUUAGUUAAGUUACCUGUCUAGGGUAGAUGAUGUCAUUUUUAUUUUUCUUAAACAUCACUUUUAAGUUGGGUUUUUUGUUUGUUUGUUUGUUUUUUAAAUAAUCUGACAGUCUGCAUCCUACACCAGACACCUGUAAAAUAGUAUGAUUACAUAUUGUGUUCUUUUGUGGCUGCAUUGGGGAUAGAAUUCAACAUACUCAGCUACGUUUUUUGUAAAGAAUCAUUCUGAGUAUAAGCACUAUAUUCUGUAAUGUUUAAUAUUAAAGUAAUGACAGCUGCAUUAUUGAAGAUGCAACUUAUUGAGAAGAGGAGGCAGAAACUUUUUACUGAUUAAUGUUACCCUUACUCUGUUUGUUGCGCUGAAUUUCAAGAGUGUAAUUUGUAAAUCAAGUUUGCUCGUGUGUAAUCAGAUUUUAUUUUCAUUGUAAUGCUUAUGUAAUUAAAUUACCUGAAUAUAUUUCCAGUAAUGAUUCCAUAAGCAUGGACAAUGUGUUGUUAAGUUUAACACUACAGAAUUAAUGUAAAGAGCAAGUGAAGCUUCUUGCAAAGAAAAGGAGUAAACAGAAGCACCUUACUGGGAGAGUGCGUUGCAUGAUUUCAGUGCUACUGGAGCUGACAGACAGUAGGUCAUCCUAAACUUGACUGAUGUGAUAAGCACAUUGACAUACUGCUAUCAAUGCUGUAAAGAAGCACAGCAAUGGCUGUUUUUAACCUAUAAAUAUACUGUAAUUUAAAUUUUUCCUACAAAAUAAAUUUAUAUUUAAUUGCUGCCUAAUACAUAAAUACUUAGAAUUUUUAGGAGGGUCAAGGGUGGGUGGGCAUGCCAGUGUGGUUUUUUUUGAGGGGCUCUUGUAUAUAUGGUUCUUGGCGCUCCCCAUUCAGUUUGACCAUCAUUCCAAAAGUCCCAGCUCUGUGGUGAAUAUGCAACCUGACAUUUAUGUAUGUUUAUUGUGAUGCAAGUCUUCUAUAUUCUGUGGCCCAGAGCUUCCGAAUUUGACAGAAAAGGUCAUCUUUCAUUCUCAAAUGUGAAUGCUCUGAUGUACCUUUAAUACAGAAAAUGACCAAGCAAUGAAUUUUAGUCUGCUGAGUUUUUCAUAUUAAUGUAGAGCUGAUUUAUAUUAAUAUAGAGCUGAUCAAAGCUGGUAUCUGAGGCUAUUAAUCAGUAGUGUGUCCAUUUGGAACAAGUAGAAGGAUGAUGGCUGGUUUUGGUGAGUAUAGUCCAAACCCUGCAGAGAUUUUAUUCCAGAGACUGUCACCUAUUUGGUAAUUAGUUUGCUGUAGACUGGCUUGAUUUUCAGAUUUAGACACAUAUUUUUCAUUUCUGAAUUGGGAAAUAGGUGUUGGGGAUUAAGGGUACUGACUUAACAUCUCCCGGUGUGUACUGUGGUUGCUGUAUGUUUUGAAUUUCAUCUUAAAUACAGACAAAUACAUCAUCAUAAGAUGAAAGCUUAAGAAAUACAGAUGGCUGCAGGAUGUCUUGCAUGAAUGAAGUCAGUGAAGUUUAAUUAAACUAACUUCUUUGUUAAGCCGGUUGAAUAAGUAAGAAGUAAUCAAAAGAAAACCAAUUUGGCAUUCAUUAGCUUUAUGCAAUAUUAUCAGUAGACUCAAACACUAUUAGCACAUUGUGCUUGGCUUUAAGAAAAUUCUUUAACUCCUUUAUAUUCAAAAGGACAUAUUAAAUGUGUAUUUUAUUGUAAAUUUAUUAUGCCUAAAAAUGCUCAAUGUUACAAAGUAUUAAGCAACAAGUAUGUUUAAAAAAAAGUAAAAAUCUAAACAAACAUUUCUAGCAAUACCUAAAAACUAAAAAGUUUUAACUGUCUGCCUUCUGUUCUUUUUUCUUUAGUGCAGCUUUUCUGCAAUGCAAGUUUAUUGCCAUGUAUUUCAUGUUUUUAUUGUCAUGACUCAAAUUUAAACCUGUACACAAAGUUCUGCACUCACCUUCCUGUACAUGCAAUGUAACAUCAUACUCACAGUUUUGGUGCUUUAAAAUAUUCUUUUUUUCUUUAUUAAAGGAUAUUUAUUUGACCACUG